AUGAAUUUAUUUCACUUUAUUUUGCCAAUUUGCUUUCUUCACGUUUGUGUAGUCAUAAGUUCACCCUUAUUUUUUAAUAAAAAUUUAGAUAAAUGGAAUAGGGAACUUAUUCAAGUUUCAAAAAAUGAAUUUAAAAACUUAAAAGAGAUGAAAGAGCUUGUUAACAGAAAAUAUUGUGGUGAAUCCCUUAAACAUUUAGCGGGAUUAGUUUUAGAUAAAUCAGACAAAGACGCAAAACUAAUCAUCGAAGGCUCGAUAGAAUCAAAUAGAUUAAUUUUUAAAUUAGGAAAUAUUAAAGAGAAAGAAAUAAAUAUCAAGGACAUCAUUUUACCAAUUGAAACAUUAUCACAUAAAUGUAUAAAUAUCAGGCAGAUCAAUGAAAAUACAGAUUCUACAGUUUUAUGCUUAGCUAAUAAAGUUCUUAGAAACUUUUGGGCGAAUUCAAUAACAGAUGCAGUUUUAUGUAAAAUUACAAAAACUAAAGGAAAAUUACCUGAAUAUAAUGAUUCUAUACAAGCAGAGGAAGAAAACACCUCAGAAAAUGACGACCUAAGGGAUAGUGAUGAAGAACAAGAAAAUAUAGAAAUAGAUCCAGAGACCAAAAAAAAAAAUCAAAUAAAAAAAAAAUUACUUAACGAAGAAUUUGAAGACGAUGAAGAAAACCAAAAAAAGGGAUUACAAUUGAGAAUAUCCAAAAGUAAAUUGGGUUAUCCUAAAGUAAAAAUUAAUGGUGAAAGCAUUGACAAGAUUAAGGAAAGGUCUGAAAAAGAAACAAAUCAAAUUGAAAAGUCACAAAAAGAUCAACCUGAUGAUAAUGAAGAAAACGAUAGCGAUAUGUAG